AUGGAUACAGAUAACACAAUUUCAAGUAAGUAUGAAGUUGACCUUCAAGCAAGUCAACGUCAAAGUUGUGGUGAAGAAAGAGAAAAAAGGAAGUAUGUUCUUCAACAAAAGAGAAACAACAGAUGUUGUCAUCCUGCAUCAACAUCUGAUUAUGUUGAAAGGAUUCCAUUUUCAAAUACUUCAAGUGUUUCAACCACCAAUGUUGAGAGAAGGAAUGUGUAUCAUCUUCCUGUUUAUGCUACUCCAAAUAUUAGUAGUAAUUUGUUUCACUCAUUUACACAAGUAAAAGCUAACACAAUUUCAAGUAAGUAUGAAGUUGACCUUCAAGCAAUUCAACGUCAAAUGUGUGCUGAAGAAAGAGAAAAAAGGAAGUAUGUUCUUCAACAAAAGAGAAACAACAGAGGUUGUCAUCCUGCAUCAACAUCUGAUUCUGUUGAAAGGAUUCCAUUUUCAAAUACUUCAAGUGGUUCAACCAACAAUGUCGAAAGAAGGAAUGCCCAUCACACUCCUUUUGGAAGUACUAAGCAAAUAUCCAAUUUUGUUGAGAGGACUCCAUUAUCAGAUAUUACAAAUUGUGGAAUAUCUCAAAUUGAAUUACAAAUGAGUGAUGAGAUGUUACCAGAUUCUGUGGUUAAGAAGAUUCAUGGAAUUUCUAAAGAUUAUAUUGAUCAUGGAGAUGCCAUCUUUGUGUGUUCUAAAUGUGAUGCAAUAUUAUGGGAAGAUGAAAUGCUUAGGGGAAAUAAAAAACAUAACAAAACAUCCUAUUCUCUUUGUUGUUCAAAUGGAGAUGUUGAGCUACCACGACCGCCUACACCUCCUCCAUUACUACGUCAUUUAUAUAAAAGUUGUACCUCACAGUCUCGCAGUUUCAUGGAUAAUAUUCGAGUAUAUAACAUGAUGUCUUCCUUCACAUCUCUUGGUGGGAAGGUUGACAAAAGUUAUCAGAGAGGUAAAGGUCCUUAUGUAUUUAGACAACAAGGUCAGAAUUAUCAUCGAAUGGGUAGUCUACUUCCGGACGAUGGGGAAGAACCUAAAUUCUCCCAGCUUUACAUAUAUGAUUCACAAAACGAAGUUGUAAAUCAUCAAAAAGUAGUAAGUUCUCAGAUAGAAUGCAAAACUACAAGAAACAACCAGCUUGAUAGUACAACCAUAGAGAGUCUUAAAUAUAUGUUGGAUUCUUGCAAUCCUCUUGUCCAAUCCUUCAGAAUGAUUAUUGGAACAAGAGAUAAGGAUGGAAGAGUUCACAAUUUGCCAACAGCAUCAGAAAUUGUUGCGUUAAUACAUGGUGAUUUUGAUGGAGCAUUUGAUAAACGGGACAUUGUUGUUAGAAAGAAGUCUGGUGGUCUUCAAAGAAUUAAUGAGCUUCAUCCCUCUUACCUUGCUUUGCAAUAUCCACUUAUUUUACCAUAUGCGGAAGAUGGUUAUAGAGUUGGUAUUAAACAUAGAGGGAUUGUGAUUGAUGAUGAGGUACUUAGAACCAAUCUUACAAUUAGAGAAUUCUUUUGUUACAAAAUUCAAGAUAGACAGAAUCAGUUUUCAUUGUUAGUUAAUGCGAAAAAACUAUUUCAGCAGAUUUUGGUUGAUGGAUACACGAUGAUAGAAUCUGCCGGGUUGAAUUAUAUAAAGACACAACAACCUAAACUUAGAGUGCAAAAUCUUAAGAACUUGAAUGCUACUGUUGAAAGUGGAGAGAAUAAUGCCUCAAGUUGUGGUAAACCUAUACUUUUACCUUCAUCAUUUACUGGUGGUUCUAGAUAUAUGAUGCAAAAGUACUUGGAUGCUAUGGCAAUUUGCAAGUCUGUUGGAUAUCCUGAUUUAUUCAUAACGGUGACUUGUAAUCCAAACUGGCCUGAGAUUUACAGGUGUUUGCACGAUAAAGCUCUUAAUGCUGAAGACAGACCGGAUAUUAUCUCUAGAUUAUUCAAGUGUAAAUUGGAUCAUCUUAUAAAAGAUUUCAAGAAACAUAAAUUCUUUGGUGAUAUACAAGCAGCCCACUGUUCAAAAAUUUCAGUUAUGUAUACAGUGGAAUUUCAGAAGCGUGGUCUCCCACAUGCUCACACAUGUUUGUUCUUGGGUGCUGAAAGCAAAUUUCCAAAUGCAUCUGAUAUUGAUCGUGUUAUUUCUGCUGAGAUACCAGAUAAAGAAAGAGAUCCUGAAUUAUAUGAGCUUGUCAAUCAAUUUAUGAUUCAUGGACCAUGUGAUGAAACUUGUGUUGAUUCUGAAGGUUAUCCUGUCUAUCUUCGCCGUCAAACAAGUAAUACGGUAGUAAAGAAUGGUGUGACACUUGAUAAUAGAUUUUUAGUUCCUUAUAAUGCUCUCCUGCUCAGAAAGUAUCAGUGCCACGUUAACGUUGAAUGGUGCAACCAGUCAGGUUCUAUCAAAUAUUUGUUUAAAUAUAUUAAUAAGGGGCAUGAUAGAGUCACUGCUUCUGUUUUUCAAGCCAAUAGCACCAAGAAUAAUACAGAACAGAUUGUAGUUAUAGAUGAGAUAAAAGCAUACCUUGAUUGUAGAUAUAUCUCUGCUUGUGAAGCUGCUUGGAGAAUAUUCAUGUAUGAUAUACAUUAUAGAUAUCCAGCUGUUGAAGUAUUACCUUUUCAUUGUGAAGAUGGUCAGAGUAUUGUGUAUAACGAUCAUGAUAAUUUGUGUGACAUUGUUACUGAUCCAACUGUGAAAAUGACAAUGUUUACAGAUUGGAUGAAUUGUAAUAAGUCGAUGAAUUUGCCAUGA